GACAUGUCAUGAUAAUGCCGCCCUUUUUAUUAUGAGAGUGAAAGGAGUCAUGGGUGACUGGGACGGUGAAACUAGGGGCAGGGAGUUCAAAUCCCUGGUGAAACUGCCAUGACAUUUACGAAUUACGGAAGUAGAGUCUAGAUCUACGAGCCUUAUUGGAAGACUCACAGGCCUUCAUUGAGCAGGACUUUCUGAAGAGUCAGCUUCACUUGGAUUAUCAAGUUUGAUGAGAGCAUAGGGUGACUGUCUGCUCACACAACAAUAUUUGGACUGGAUCUUGUCAAAAGGAAGUGCCAGCUGGAGGCCCUCUAAAUCCACUUUCACCCAUUGUCUGUGACCAGUACUUCACAGUAAUUGUCAGAGGUUCAGAACAGAAAUACUUUACCUGAGGGAGGCUGGAAUAAUUGCAAACAGCUCUACAAUUGACAUGUACCUCUGAUGGAGCUGUUCUGAUUUGAUGUAAAAGUACAUGUCCGACUCUGACCCUGUACAGAGGUGGGAAAAUAUUAGAGGAUUUGGAUUUAGUUGGACAUAUUUGAAAACUGAAAUCACAAAGGUUGUGUUUGAUUGGACGUUCUGAAGAGAGAAUCCUAUGCCUUCACAAUGAGUGCCAAGUGGAAUAACGUGAAAAGUGGAACAAAGUCUUGGGUGCACUCUGCAGCAGCCUUGUCAGCAGGUCAUGUUGUCUAUAAUGUCAAAUAUCUUGGACUGGUCGAGGUAUCAGCCCCUAAGGGAGCUGAUAUUGUGAAGGAAGCAGUGACUAAAUUAAAGUUCAAUAAGCAAGUGAAGAGAUCAGAAGGCACUAAACCUCCCAAGAUGGAGCUCACUAUAUCUGUAGAUGGCGUCACAAUCCAAGAUAGACAAACAAAGGAGAAGCAGUUCACCUAUCCGUUGCAUCACAUUUCCUACUGCGCUGACGACAAGUCCGACAAGAAGAUAUGUGCCUUCAUCGCCAAAGAUGCCAAGGAAAACAAAAACAUUUGCCAUGUCAUGGAAAGUGACAAAAAUGCAGAGGAAAUCACACUGACAGUCGGCCAAGCCUUUGACCUUGCUUAUCAGAAGUUUCUAUCGAACGCCAACAAGACGCAAGAGCAGCAGCAGCAGAAUGAGACUCUGCGUAAAAGGGUGAAUGAACUAGAAGAAGAGAAUAAGACUCUAAAGCAGAAGAUCAAUGAGAUGGAGAUAAAACAAGGUCUGAAUCCAUCAUACACACUGCAGGCUAAUGGAGAACAGAGCUUCAACGGUGGAUCUGCCAAAUACAAUCCAUUCAGUCAGCCUUCAGAAUCAAAUUUUGGACAAUUUCAAUCAUCAUCAGAGCCUGUUACUGCAAUAAAUCUUCUAGUGGACUUAAAGGUAUCUCAGCCCUCAUCACCAUCAGGGGUUUUCGUCCAGUCUUCCAACCCCACUGCCAAGGACACCCUUGCCAUGCAGGCUGCAGCCUACACGUCCAUCAGGACAAACUCCACCUCCUCUUCUUCUGCGUUUGAGGAUGCCUUUGCCCCUCCCUUAACACUGGCGCCAGCACCAGCAGGGACUCCAAAGACCAACGAGCCCUUCCUACCACCACCCCCUGCACCCCUACCCAGGCACAUUGAAGCAUCUGCGCCCAUCUUCACACAGCCGGCUCCUGUCGAACCUCAAUCACCCAUUUCUUUAGUUCCUCCAGCACAGCCCUCGGUGGAUCCAGCAAUAGCCAGAAGUAGACCGAGACCUCAAGCGGUAUCACAAGGACCAGGAGUUCUGGCACCUCCUCCUAGGACUAUGAGAGUGAGGGGGGAUUCAGCCACCUCACCUCUCCCUACAUCCCCAAGUCCUAAUGUAGUCGGCCUUGACGACCUCUAUGCUGCCGUUUCAAAAGCCUCUAAGAUGAAUGGAAGUGGAGUAGCAACAACAUCUCCCAAUCCAUUUGCAGCUCCAUCAACCACAGAAUUCAGAUUUGGUGAUGAUCUGGACUUCUUAAGCAACAAGGGGUCAUCAAACGUAUCCACCUCCAACGCUGGUGCCUCAUCAAAUAGCUUCUCAAUUAUGGACUUGGAUCCCCUGAAAUAAAUCAUUAGAUGAAAAGGACUGAUGCAUUAAUCAACAUCAUCUUCGUCUCUAUCUCUCUUGCUCCCUUACAUCGCAAAUUGACCAUCACCGCAUCGUCUUAGUCUUCCGAUAUAUUGCUUAUUUAUCAAUAUAGUAUUGUCUUUGUCUUCCAAUGUAUAACUCCAUUCAUGUUUUGGGAUCACCCAUCUCUUCUCUUGCAACUUUCCUGAGAUUUUUUAUGGAGUCUCACUCUCUCGCAAAUGUGGCAUCUAUAUGCCUUGUUAAGUGUUGUUAAGGAUGCAUGCAAAUUGGAGUGGACAUAGGGUUUCGUCUGGAAUUUAAUCAUUCAUAUCUAAACUGGACAGCUGAUUUUAGCCUGUCUAUGCCAUGGGUGACUUUGAGAGUUGGAUAUUGUCUUUGGACUUGGAAUUACUACACCUUCAAUUUCCUCCUACAGAAAAAAAAAAUCUUUCAUCGUGAUGUUUAUUCCUGUGGGAUAUGUUUUGUCCAAAAUUGUGUAGAAAAACAACUCGAACAAAAGUCCAUAUUCAACUUUUGAAAAUUUGUCCAUGACAAAUCUUCAAAAGAAACUUACUGGCAGACAAUGGGCUAAGAUCAAUGCAUAUUUGCCAGUUAUGAACUUAAAGGAACCCUUCAUCAUUAGAGUACUCACUAUAUAUGGGUUUUAGUGUAUAAGGAUGUUGUUUAAACAUAACCCUCAUGCUUUGUACUGUUGUACUUUAAUAUUUUAGUCUCUGUGUACUUCAUGUACACAAAGUUUAUCCUUCUGCACAUCUUAUAACAUCAUAAUUUUGAAAUAUACCAGCAAAUGCAUAUAAUACCUACAUUUCUCUCAAGCAUAUAUUGUAUUAUGGUACAGAUUGAGAAUGUACACAUGUAAAGCUUUGGAAUAUAUUCCUAUAAUCAAUUUCUAUACCUAUUCACUUUACCUCAUAUAAAUAGCAGUUUCUAUCUAUUGCUUUGCUAAGACCAAAUUUCAAGCCUUGUAGAACCAAUUUCUCUCUUCUCAUUGUGAACAUGUCUGUUGUAUACCGGUAAAUCAAUAUUGCCUUUAUCAAUCCUUUCAUAAAAACUUUCUUGGCUGCCUUUUGUACAGCAUUUGUACAUGUACUUGUAUAGGAAGGCUUUGUAACACUUCAUUGUAAAGUACAGUUUGAUGCAAUAUUCAUGAGUGUUCCAAAUAUUAUCUCGGAACAAUUAGCAUUGGUUACUUUGUGAUGGUCAUUUGACUAAUCUUUGUAUUAGGGACAUCUUGAAAAUGUAUGCAUUAUCAAAACUUACUUUGCACUAAAUUCGCAAUUGAUAUAAUUUAUAGCAUCAAAUCAAGGAAUUUCUAUAUCAAGUGUUUUAUUGUAUACAACAUGAAUCUUUGAUGAAUAUGUCCCCACCAUUUUAAUUUGUUAUUUGCACAAGUUUACAUUUUGUAAAAUAGCAGUCAUAAAGGAGUGAAAAUUUAGGAAUAUUAUUUCAUUCUUUGUUUUCCAUUCCUUUUUGCAUAUCCACAAUUUCAAAACUUUAAUUUUAAAGGCUUGUGUGAUGGAUAUUUUUGUUUGAUUAUGGAACUCAUUUCUCCCAGAAUUCACUAAGCACACUGCCCUUAAUGUGGAAAUACUUAUAUUUUUGAAAAUAUAUUUAUGAUUUAUAUUUACUUGUACUCUGUUGAGGAUUGUUUUCUCAAAAUACAAAGAAACAUCCCUGAGCAUGAGCUUGCAUUGUAUUACGUGUGCAAACAAGUAUUCAAGCAUACAAUAUAUAGUUGAGGUUUAAUCCUCGACUAUUCCACUGAUGCAUGGAGGGUUUAAUGUCAAUCUCUUUAUCCAAACUUCCAUAUCUUUGAAAUCAUGAUAAAUCUGGAAUUAUAUAGUGCAUUUCACUGCCUUAUGUGAAAUAUUGUCUCUGAGCACUUAACAGAUAUUAUUAUUACCUGGUCAUCAAAUUCAUUCAUGCACACAAUAUGUACACCAUCUCCAUAUUCAUAUCAUAUGGAACUAAAUGAAUAGAAACCAUUAUGUCAUCAUGGAACUCAUCCAUUUCAUUGUAAUAUUUCUUUUUUUAUGUUUUGAUUUAUUAUGUAGUGUUUAUAUUAUAUAUUGAAUAGAAGGUUGACUCUUGUUGGCUGUUUAAUCUACAUGUAAUCUCCCAUUCUUUGAAUACAGUCUAUUAAGUCUAUUAACUGUAUAUAUGUAUAUGGUAUAUAUGAAAGUCAUACCUUACACAUGUACCUACAGGGUUGGCUUAACUUUGCAAAUACUGGGUUCUUACAGGGACAAUGAAAGAGGUCAGGGGUAAUGAUUUCAAAGCAAGGCCUGCCAAACAGUUAAGUUGGGGUAGCUUCUGUCUGUGUUUUCUUGUGGGUCCAUCAACUAGUGUACUUUAUAUUGCAAGUCAGUUGUUACAUGGUUAUUUGAAUUUCAAUCUGUCUGUACCAAAUUCAUAUUUGGAGCUGAUAUUUUUCUAUGAUAUGAUACCAGAAUAGACACCCCCCCCCCCCUUCCAUUAGAAAUGAGAGUGCAAAUUAUCUUGUGGUGAUGAGUCCCCUUAUCAGAGAGGUUGGACCAUGUUUUGGAAGCUUAUUUACUAUCCUAUUUCAUUUCAAAUUGUAUGAAUUUCUUUGGCUAAUUUUUCUCAGAGGAUUUGGUACUUAUGUUACAAGAGGUUUAAAUUUGUUUUAUAUUUGUUUAUGAGAAAUGUGUACAGACAUAACAUUUGCUGAAAAAAGUACUUAAUUGUUUUAUAUUAAUGAUGAUUAUACAAAUAUUUUGUGUUGCCAUUAUUUUGUCAAGAGGACUGUUCAAAGGUGAUAUGAAAAGGAUGACUUUAAGUUGUUUUUCUUUCUUACAUGUAUGUUUGCCAAUUUAUGUUUAUGUUGUAUGCUGUACAUGUAGGAUAUGAUCAUAGUAUGUGUCGGUAAUUGAAACAGGAAAACGGUUAUUUAUAGGUUUUAUCGUGCUAAUUCUUAGAGUAUUAUUUAUGAUCUUCAAAGUAAUAAUUUUAUAAAAGAAAAAUGUUUAAAAGUUUCUAACAAAUUAAACCUUAUGCAUGACAGUCGUUACCAUGAACAUUUGAAUAAUACAUCAGUGAAAAACUGUGCUGGGGUUGAGAUAUUAACCUAAGAAACCCGGCUUUACUUGAGGAUUAUUUUAUAAUUAAAAUAUUUCAAAUGGAAUAGGUGCAUGUCUUUCACACCCAGCCAGCUGCACAUCAUCUUAAUAUGGACAUUUUGUUUUAUAAUCAAGCCAAAAGUAAGCUGUUUGUGUUAUCAGAUGCUCAAAUAAAGCUAAGCUGCAUGACUUUUAUAUUUUCCCAAUAUUGUACCAACAUGUGUACAAAAUAUAUGGAAGGAAAUAUUUGUAAGUGACCUUGUCAGACUCAGAAUUGUUGCCAUGACUACAUCACUGCAAUUUACAUUAUGGUUUAUUCAUGUUUUUCAACCCAUUUACCAAACAUUGAUCUUUAAUAGAUGAGUGCUAAAACCAUUGAUCAUUAAAGAUUUUAUUUUUGUUAUGUACUAUUUAAACUCAGUGAGUGAAGUAAUGAAUACAGGUGAAUUGUACAUGAAUAUCUCUUGUAUUGCUUAAGAAAGUAUAGUUGAAAUUUUCAGGAAAAAACAAAGAGAAACUUGCUUCCCAUUGCUUUUGAUAAAUGCGCUUCAGGUAAAAUUGAUAUAAUCACCUAGUUAGAAGUUAGAUUAUUUUUUGCAAAUACAGUUUACUACAUAUUUUACUUUCAUGGUUGUCUUUAUCUCUCAAUAUCUCCAAUACUUUGGAAAAUAUGUUGUCGUAGCUCCCAAAACAUGAUGUACAUCGAAAGUCAAUAAAUAAGAGAUAUUUCAUGAAUAUAUGUUGUUACUUAUGUGGAGCACCAGCUUUGCUUGGUAUCGUAUAAAAUGUUAUGGUAAUGCCAUUAAAAUGCACAGAAAUUAGAAAGGUUGUCAUAAUGUGUUAAGUGAGGAUAGCAUAACGAAUAUGUUUGAGGGGCUAGGUAUAGUAUGUGAGUUUUUGUGUCGUGUAGUCACAUACAUUCAAGCCUGUAAUUAACAGAAUCUAGUCUAAAAUUAGGAGAAAAUGUUAAUUAUAUCCUCCUCCUUGGUUGUGGUGUGGUGUCCUAGCUGCUCAAUCUAGCUGAACUGUCAGUUUCUCAUUCUGAUUUGUCUCUCUAAUAUGAUGCUAUAUUAUCUGUGAAAUGUGUAUCAUUCAUGUAUAUAUGUUAGGAAGAAGGAAUAUAUAAGGAUAGAGUAUAUGUGCAGACAGGCUGUGGUUGCAAUAAAUCACUAAGUGCAAACUCGA